AUGUUGAAUCAAUUCGAGAGAGAAAAAAUAUCACAUUCACGAGGACUCUUAACUGGUAUUGUUGUUAGAACUGAAAAUAGUACUGAAUAUGUUAGUUUGGCUGUGGUGGCUAUUCCUGAUGGACUCUCUAUUGUUGUAGCUGUUACUUUAUGUUUAGGCAUUUUGCGAAUGACUAAAAAAAAUGUGAUUAUUAAGAAGUUACCUUCUGUUGAACUUUGGGAUGUUAAC